GACAGAUGAGAUUCGAGAACCUACCUACCCACCAACCCCAAAAUUCUAGUCCAUCAAAGUUGACCAAAACCAUCACAAACCAAACACUUCUCCUUUUUCUAUAAAGAUCAAAAACUCUUACUCAUCUCCUAAAAAUCAUAAUUAAUUUUGAGAGCUCACAAAAAUGGCAUCUACAAAUCAAGAAGAAGUGAGGCUAUUAGGAAAAUGGGCAAGUCCAUUUAGCAACAGAAUAGAUCUUGCUUUGAAACUCAAAGGUGUUCCAUACAAAUACUCUGAGGAAAAUCUACCUAUUAAAAGUGAAGAUCUUCUCAAAUACAAUCCUGUUUACAAGAAGGUGCCUGUUCUUGUUCACAAUGGAAAUCCAAUUGCUGAAUCUCUUAUCAUUCUUGAAUAUAUAGAUGAGACAUGGACAAAUAAUUCACUUUUGUCUCAAGAUCCUUAUGAGAGAGGUUUGGCUCGUUUUUGGGCUAAGACACUAGAUGACAAGAUCUUGCCUGCAUUAUGGAAUGCAUGCCGGGGUGAUGAAAAGGGAAGUAACAAAGCUGUGGAAGAAGCCUCAGAAGCUCUAAAGCUACUAGAAGAUGAAAUCAAAGACAAAAGAUUCUUUGGUGGAGAAACCAUAGGACUUGUUGAUAUUGCUGCAAGUUUCAUUGGUUAUUGGGUUGAUAUAUUACAAGAAAUUGCAGGAUUAGAGUUACUUACUAUUGAGAAAUUUCCAAAAGUAUUUAAAUGGAGUCAAGAAUUUAUCAAUCACCCUGUUAUCAAACAAGGGUUGCCUCCAAGAGAUGAACUAUUUGCUUUUUUCAAUGCUUCUGCUCCAAAAUAGAGACAGUUUUAGAGGCAGGGUUCAUAUUUUUGUUGUCAUAAUUUAAUUUUCCUUCAAAAUGAUCAUGUUGUAAUGAGUUGUAAGCCAAGAACUUUUUUUUGUGUUUGAUUUUUCAGUUUCAUUGAACCAAAGUUACAUAAAUGUGGAAGUGGUUAUUUAAGUUUCUGAAAUUGAAUGAGCAACACGAAUUUGAAAA